UCUCUCCAAAAUAUCAGCGUGGAUAUAUAUUGGUGCAUGAGAGACGAAGAGAAUAACGCUUCUUCUUUUGCCUCUCUCCUCUCAUCAAAAAUGGCGGGCAAAUUAGAGGGAGUUAAGGAGACGCUGCUGAAUAAGAAAGAGUACUACGAGAAUUGCCCAGGUUGUAAAGUGGAUCUGCACAAAGCUGGGCAACGUGGCUUGCCCAUUAAGGAGCUCUUCACUAUAUGGAUUGUGAUACUUGGCACAGUUGUCCCUUGGAAGGAGCUUUGGCGUAACUAGUAAAGUUGCUGCUAUAUAACCAAGAGGUCACAGGUCAAGCCAUGGAAACAAACUCUUGUAGAAAUGCAGGGUAAGACUACGUACAAUAGACCCUUGUGUUCCGGCCCUUCCCCGGACCUCGCGCAUAGCGGGAGCUUAGUGCACCGGGCUGCCUUUUUUAGCUGUCCCUUGGAAGUGCGAAGCCUAUAUUACCUUUUCAAAUAGUCUCGUCAAAUAUUGAUUGUUAUAUUAUAUGAAAGAAUAUGAACAUCAAGCUCACAAUCUUAAGGCAAUGGGUGGAGCAAUGACAAUAUAAGAUGCUAAGGUAUCCUCAUAUCAAACUAUCUGAUAUAAUGCGUCACAUGUUUUAUUCCAUUCCUUUUUACUCCAUGGAUCUCAUUCUUGAUGGAUGCAUUUAUUUUUGGUCUAUAUCCGAUGGUAGUCUGCCACUAAUAUGAAGAGAGAACUGCUGCGUCUUAACUUGUAUAAUACAUUUCGAAAUAACAGUGGUAGUUUCAUACUAAUAUUAAGAAAGAAUUUUUAGUCUAGUUUGAUGGUAGUCUGCCGCUAAUAUUCAGCUGUCCCUUGGUAGCGCGGUGUAAAACAUAUAUUACCUUUUCAAAGUGUUUCGUUGUAUGCAAAAAUUCUAGGUUAGCUUCUUAGAGCUUUUCUUUGUAUGUUCAUAUAUUAGCUAGCAAGUUUGCUUCAUUGCUGUACUUGAAGACAAGUUUUUGAUAGUUAUUGCUAAAAGCUUCCUUUGGGGAUCCUUCCUUUGAUUUUAUCUGUUGAUAUUCCGACUCAUUUUGUUUUUUGUCUGUUUCAUGGGAUUCAACACUUCAGCACUUCCAAUAUCAUCUCUCUUUCCAUUUCUUUAUUUCAUGAUAAGGGACUUUCACAUUGCAAAGAGAGAGGAAGAUAUCAGUUACUAUGCAGGUUAUGUAGGUUCUUCAUAUAUGCUUGGAAGAGCUUUGACAUCUGUCUUUUGGGGACUAGUGGCUGAUCGAUAUGGCCGAAAACCAGUUAUAAUCUUCGGCACUUUUGUAGUGGUUAUUUUCAAUACUCUCUUUGGUCUUAGUGUCAACUUUUGGAUGGCAAUCAUUACACGAUUUCUUCUUGGUUCUUUAAAUGGUUUGAUUGGACCAAUAAAGGCAUAUGCUGCUGAAAUAUUCCGUGAAGAAUAUCAAGCACUGGGAAUGUCUACGAUUAGUACUGCAUGGGGAAUCGGAUUGAUUAUUGGCCCGGCUUUAGGAGGCUUCCUUGCCCAGCCUGCAGAGAAAUAUCCGUCAAUAUUCGCUAAGGAUUCUAUAUUUGGGAGAUUUCCCUACUUCUUGCCUUGCUUAAUCAUAUCACUGUUUUCCUUGGUCGUGGCUAUUGCUUCAUUUUGGCUGCCGGAAACAUUACACAUUCAUGAAUCGAGCGUGCCACCUCAAGAUUCAUAUGAGGCUCUGGAGGCUGCACCUGAUACAAAAGAAGGAAAUGAAUCAGCCCCAAAAGAAAACCUUUUUAAGAACUGGCCAUUGAUGUCAUCUAUCAUACUAUACUGUGUCUUCUCUCUUCAUGAUAUGGCUUAUAAUGAGAUUUUCUCAUUAUGGGCUGUGAGCCCCAGAAAGUUUGGGGGCUUAAGCUAUUCAACUGCUGAUGUUGGUGAAGUAUUAUCAAUCUCAGGGUUUGGCCUUCUAGUUUUCCAACUAACUCUAUAUCCGUUGGUUGAGAGGUAUGUUGGCCCUAUCAUCGCUGCUCGAGUUGCAGGAGUUUUGUCAAUUCCCUUGUUGACAAGUUACCCUUAUAUCGCUAUGCUGUCUGGGAUCGCUCUCUCUUUGGCAAUAAAUUUUGCAUCCGUAAUGAAGAAUGCUUUGUCUAUCUCUAUCAUAACAGGGUUGUUCAUAUUGCAAAACAAAGCUGUGAACCAGCGACAAAGGGGAGCUGCUAAUGGAAUUGCCAUGACAGCAAUGUCAAUUUUUAAAGCUCUCGGUCCUGCAGGGGGAGGAGCACUCUUUUCUUGGGCACAAAAAAGGCUUGACGCUUCCAUUCUUCCAGGUGAUCAGGUGGUUUUCUUUGUGCUGAAUGUGAUUGAGGCAAUUGGUGUGUUGAUGACAUUCAAACCAUUCUUAGUUGAAACACAAAAUACAUAGUAGAGAGCUUAUUGGUCUUUUUCAUUAAUUAGUUCUCUUUGUAUCUUUUGAAUAUAUGUCAUUUGUUUUGAGGUUAGAGGUUCUUUUUAUGUUUGUGUAGGAUGCGGAACUUUAUUCAUCCACAAAGUUGUAAUAUAGUAUAUUUAUGGAAGGAAAAUUUUGAUAACUUAGAGAAAAUUACAGGCAAUUUUUUA